CGUGGCUUGACACGUCAUUAAGAACUUCGAAGACGGAAGCCGUCGUCAGCUGCGCACACGACUGAGCUUUUCCAUUCAGAUAAACGGAGAAACGGAGUUUGCGUUAAAAUGGGGGGAUUCUUCUCCAGCUUGUUUUCAGGCCUUUUUGGCACAAGAGAGAUGAGAAUUCUCAUCUUGGGUCUGGACGGCGCUGGGAAAACUACCAUACUCUACAGACUGCAAGUUGGAGAAGUUGUCACUACAAUCCCCACCAUCGGUUUUAACGUUGAAACAGUGACUUACAAGAACCUGAAGUUCCAAGUAUGGGAUCUUGGUGGACAGACCAGUAUCCGGCCAUACUGGCGUUGCUACUACUCCAACACAGAUGCUGUGAUUUAUGUUGUGGACAGCAGUGACCGUGAUAGAAUGGGUAUUUCAAAGUCUGAGCUGGUGGCUAUGUUGGAGGAGGAAGAGUUGAAGAAGGCCAUCUUGGUGGUGUUUGCAAACAAACAGGACAUGGAGCAAGCAAUGACACCCACUGAGGUGGCCAACUCCCUAGGCUUACCUGCACUUAAAGACAGAAAGUGGCAGAUCUUCAAAACAUCUGCUACUAAAGGAACAGGUCUGGAUGAGGCCAUGGAAUGGCUGGUGGAGUCCCUGAAGAGCAGGCAGUAAUUGCACACACCACUCUCUGUAAAUAGUCCUGUCUUCUGAGCCCCCAUUGAAAGACUUCCCGAGUGCCAUUUGGACCAGUGACUGCAUUCCUCCCCACUAUGUGAAGGUUAUAGUUCUUUCCUGGCCCCUCCAGCUGAGAGGAGAUACUGCAGUAAUGGAACAGUUGGACGGCUACAUAGCCAAAACUGAAUGUCAAAACGUUCCCAGUUCAAAUGGACACAAGCUCCAGAAAAUAGGUUUUGCUGAUUUGUUUAUACUGACGCUUGUUGGACCUGUUUUUCCCCCCCUUGUAAGACAUAUCCACUACAUCAGUGUCUUGUAAUUUUGCUUCUUGUAUUUUCCCCUUUUUAGGCCUGGUACCUGACUGUGGUCAGGACACUUCACUCCUGCCUUAUGGUCGCUUCUUCCCCUUUGAAUACUUAAUCAGUCUUGCAGCUUUCGUAUCUAACUUUGGAAUUUUAGUGGUUUGUUAUUUAAGACUAAUGGUCAUUUGUAUGCGAUGGAUUUGUCAUUGCGUAUUUAUAUAAAAGCAUGUACAGUGGACACUACCAUCGAGACAAGGUUGUGUUAACACAAAUCUAUCGUCAAUAAAUUGCUUCUUGAAUGAUC